AUGGCGGAUCAAGAGAAGCAACUGCAAAGCCGAAGCAACAAGAAUGAGAGCGAAUGCUGUAGCGGCGGUGCUGCGAUAAUGAAAGAGCUGAAGGCGCUGAACACAAGACUGGACCGCAUGCAGAUCGACUUUGAAAAUCAGGUCAAUUCCAGAAGUGAUAGCAUGGAAAUGCAAGUUAACUCCAGAGUGGAUAAAUUGUGUGGAUCAAUGGAGAAACUGACGGCUGAGAAUAAGGACGCUGUGCUGAAAGAGAUUGAAAAAGCCACAAAAGACAUGCGAGCAAAUCUGGACACUGAGGUGGGAAUUCUGUGUGCAAGAAUGGAAAAGAUGGAGAAGAAAAUAUCCGACACAGAGGCUAGGAAGAAGAGUUUUGAUCCAGAGACCUCCGUGAUUGUGGUGGGGCUCCCCGAGUCUGAAGUGGAGGAUUUAAUGUCAAAAGUGAGGGAUUUAUUGCAUGACGGCCUUGGAUGUGAUACUGUGGUCUGCCCCGUUGCUGUGGAGCGGAUGAGUGCGCGAGGAAACCGACCGGGCCUUGUUAAGGUGGAGUUGAGCUCGGUGCAGGUGAAAAUUGCCGUGUUGCGCCGAAAAUCAAAGCUGAAGGACAACGAGCGUUUCAAUAAAGUCUAUGUGUCAUCUGCAAAAUCACAUGCUGAACGACUGUUGGAACUCAACUUUAGAUCUUUGAUCCGGGAAACCGCAGUUGGGAAGGACUUCUAUCUAACUGGGAAUGGACGUUUGAUGAAGCGGACGCAGUCAUCCCGGACUGUGGCUAGAGAAGCUGGCCUUGGCGGUGACUGA